AGUUUGCUCCUGUUGCAUCCGCGUCGCAAAGUUCAGAGAUAAGAAUCAACCAACUGUCUGCUAAACGCUGAGUAUCCGCUUUGUUUCUGCGUGAAGGGAGAACAGGUUUGAACACCGCUCUGGUUCUCUGUUGCUGCCCUCAAAGACGCGAUGGAAGCCGGGUUACUGUGUCGCUCAGCACUGAGGAGGAUGAGGCUCAUGCUGUGGCUCUGCUCCGCUCUGUUUUCAAUGGCUGCAGCCAAUGAGGAUUCAUCCCAUGGCCACUCCACAAUGAUUGUUUCUGCCCCCCACCUCUACUACUACUGUCCCGAGGGUGCAACUGCCAAACUGGUGUGUGCCCAGAGAGGUGCUGCCUUGCACACCACUGAUGUCUUGAAGCGCAGCUGGCUUUUCACGCCCCAUAUUGAUAAGCACUGCUCAGGAAGGGAGGGCCCACGCCACAUUAUCUACAAUGGUCAUCCCCAUGGCAACCACAGCUUACCGGCAGGGUUGCACUUUGGAUUUUCGGAGAAGAAUUUCUGGGCGGUUCUGCAGAACGUGACCCACGCUGACCAGGGCCGCUACUGCUGCAUGCUCCUAGACUUCCAGGUGUCAAAUAAACAUGCCUCCCUGCUGCAGAAACCCCACAGUCACAUUAUCCUCCAUGUUACACCAAGGAGAAAUGGAUCUCAAGAUUGCACUGUCUGGGAUCCCACACCAUCUGGAGGCUCCGUGCCAGUGGCCUUGGCCAUAGCAGCCUGCAUCUUGGCUCUGCUCUCUCUGCCUCUUAUUCUGGUGCUUGUGUACAAACAGAGGGAGAACGCCCAGUCGAGCAGACGUGCACAGGAGCUGGUGAGGAUGGACAGCGAGGCCCAUGGCCAUGAGAACCCAGUGUUCCUCGCGGGAUCACCACAGAUUAAGACCCGCACCGUCUCUCAGAUCAUGGCCCGACAGUCCUCUGAGACAGGACGCCACCUGUUGUCUGAGCCAGGAACCCCUCUCUCUCCUCCUGCACAUGGGGACGUGUUCUUCCCAAUAGAGGACACCAUCCCUGAGUCUCCAGACUUCCUGCAGAUUUAAAGUGGGGGUGAGACCUCAAUCACUGCUCUGACUGCUGACCUGGAAACAGUCCUCCAACUCUCUUCCUCUUCUCUCUGCCUUCAGAGCAUCGUAGCCCUUGUAAGCUGUCUCACAAAAACCUCUGCUGGGAGCGUCAUCUGUAUAUUGUCUGGACCGCAGGAGGGAAUAGCUUAUUUCCACCUGUAACAACAGCUGGAGGCCAAAAGCAAACUUUUGCUUGUGAACACUUGUAUUGUGGCGGGGGCUGGCUUUGUGUGUUACGUUCCAUCUAAACACCGUCAAACAGCCUCAGUCUGGCGAGGCCCACUGCUUGAGAUGAACCCAGAGUGCUACGGGUGAGGGUCCUGCGAUAUGCAGAGGUGGCAUGUUGUUUGGUGCAGUUCAAACUUAUAUGUGUAAUUUGGAGGUUCCUUGUCAAAUAUUAGAACAUACUGACUAGGACCCCCUGAUCAUGUGUACACGUCUCACUUCAGAGCUAAUUUAAUAAGAAAUCUCAAACCAGACUGGAACUACAAGACAACAUGCUUUAACUGGAGGUCUGACUGUCACAUCUCAUCACUGUUCUCUGUAACAAAGUGCUGUAAUAGUGUCAAACUGAUGGAGGCGCAAUCAUCAGAGAAGUCCAGAAAUUCUUAUGCAAACCGACAUGUGUUGUUUUAUGGCAUUACACUGUUCCACUCCCACACAUGGCCUCAGCUUCUUUCCCCCUCCCUCUGUGCUACCUCUCCUUCCUUCCUGUUCUCUCAGAAACACAGCACUUCAUAGUAGCCUUAGAUAUAUUCAUUAGGUGCUAAACAUUUCUGUGAGUACAGUAUUUAGGAAAAAGUUGAUUCUUGCUGAUAAUUGUUAAUGAAUGUUAGUCACGCUUGUGUACCUUUUGAUGAAGAA